AUGUGCGGCUAUCCCUCCUGCUACCUCUUCAUUAUGACCGUGCCAGCAGCUGCUCCAGCGAAAAAGCCAGAGACAACCAAGCCCAAGGCUCCGGCAUCGCACCCACCAGUCAUUGUCAUGGUGAAGAGGGCCAAUACCGCGGCCAAGGAUCGGAAGGGAACUUCUCUACUCACGAUCAAGAAGUACAUCGCCGCCAACUACAAGGUCUAUGUCGAGAAGUUCGUAUCCCAUAUCCGUCAUGGAAUCGUACACGCGGUCGAGAAGGGUGUUCUGGUUCGCGUAGGCAACAAGGGCAAAAACGAGUCUGGAAGCUUCAAGUUGGGUGAGAAGAAGGCAGCUGAACACAAGUCUAAGGCCGUGAAAAAGCCCAAGGCACAGAAGGUUAGUUCAUUGUUCUCUAGAAUCAUCUUUUAA